AUGCGGCUCGAUACCAGCUUCGAAACAUCCGGCUUGUGGGAGCGCUGCGAGAUCAUUCUCCAAAAGUCCGUCACGUGUCACCCCCUCAUGCGCAUGAUCGGCGGCUACUACAACCAGGAAUACAGGAGCAUCCUCCUCCACCGAUUUUUGGUCAUCGCAGCGAACGUCAUCCAGCUUUUCGCGGUGAUUUUCGGCGUUUUCGGACUCAAAUGCACCAAUUUGGCGCACAGAUGGAAGCGCUGUUCUUUGACUACUGCUGCUUCAGGAGCUCUUACGUCCGCGGUCUUAUUACUGGUGUCGACGUCCCUCUAUGAAAAGGGUUCACAAUAA